AUUGAAAYGGUGACUGGUGAGUGUGAGUCGAGAUGACUGGAAUUGGAUAUGGAUACAUCACACAUAGCAAGUUCUUAGUUCUGGGUUAUGGCCUAAAACCAUACCAAGAGUCUGCAGCCUCUAGAUUCUUUCCUUCGUAUUUGCGAUACAAAUUUGAAGAGAUAUUGGAUGCAAGACCAGCGCCAUAAACCCAGUAAGUCUUGGCAGUUCUAAGUUUCAAAGUGGUUCGAGACGAGGAAACCGGGAAAUGUUGCACUGAAGAUUGUAGACAAAUGGAUCACUCUUCCUAACCUGUGUACCAUCCAUUGCUUAAUAAGUUAAUAAGGUCAAGCUUUUAGCUUUGCAGAGACAUCUCUUGCAUUGUUUGAUAUCAUAGAAGGAUAACUGAGCACCAGGAUGGCUUCGGUAUUAUUUAGGGGGAUCCAAACCCGCCCUUUUCUCCUCUACCCUUCUGCACUUCUCUCCAGGAAAAAUGGUGUUCUCUUUUGCACCACGAAAUGCUCUCAAAGCCAAACUGCAACACAGGAGAACCAGCAAACUCAGAUGAAAGUUUCUCCGCGUACCCAUACAAAAAAAGUUGAGAAAAUCCUACACGACUAUGAAGCAAUCAUUGGUAUAGAGACGCAUGUCCAACUCGACACUCUCACCAAGGCCUUUUGCAGCUGUGCUUACCUCUAUGGGUCUCAACCCAAUACUAAUGUUUGUCCUAUUUGCAUGGGUCUACCUGGCACUCUGCCAGUUUUGAACUCUAAGGUCAUUGAGUUUGCUGUAAAAGUGGGCCUUGCACUCAACUGCAAUUUGUCUAUGAACUCAAAAUUUGAUAGGAAGCAAUACUUUUAUCCUGAUCUUCCAAAGGGCUACCAGAUAUCUCAGUUUGAUAUCCCGAUUGCUACUGGUGGGUUCAUUGAAUUGGAUCUUCCCACUGAGUAUGGAGGCGGGCAUAGGAAGUUUGGAAUAACCAGGGUUCAUAUGGAAGAAGAUGCAGGGAAGUUACUUCACUCAGGAAAUGGAAGUUACUCACAGGUUGACUUGAAUAGAGCAGGUGUGCCUUUGCUUGAGAUCGUUUCGGAGCCUGAUAUUAGAAGUGGCCUUGAGGCCGCAGAGUAUGCAGCAGAGAUACAGAGGUUGGUUCGAUAUUUGGGUGUGAGUAAUGGGAAUAUGCAAGAAGGUUCACUCCGUUGUGAUGUAAAUGUCUCAGUCCGGCCUAUUGGGCAACUAGAAUAUGGAACAAAGGUUGAGAUAAAGAAUAUGAACUCAUUUUCAGCAAUGAAUAGGGCGAUUGAUUUUGAAAUCUCCAGGCAGGUUGAUCUCUACAGUAAAGGAGAGGAUAACCAAAUUAUACAGGAAACUCGACUCUGGGAAGAAGGGGCUCAGAGAACAGUUACAAUGAGGAAAAAGGAAGGGCUUGCUGAUUAUCGAUAUUUCCCAGAACCUGAUCUUCCAGAAGUGGUCCUUAGUGAGGAAUAUGUUGAUAAUAUUCGUGCAUCUUUACUAGAGCUUCCAGAAGUGAAGCGUAGGCGAUAUGAAAGGAUGGGUCUAAGCAUGCAAGAUGUCCUUUUUCUUACYAAUGACAUGAAUGUUGCAGACUUUUUUGAUGCAACAAUUGAAAGGGGAGCAGAAGUGAAGAUGGCUGCUAAUUGGAUAAUGAGUGACAUUGCUGCUUAUUUGAAUAAUGAAAAGUUGUCUAUAAAUGAGAUUAAACUUACACCACAGGAGCUGGCUGAACUAAUUUCAUCUAUAAAAGGUGGAACAAUCAGUGGGAAGAUUGGGAAAGAGAUACUCUUUGAGCUAAUAUCCAAUGGAGGUACCGUCAAAGCACUUAUAGAAGAAAAGGAUCUGGUCCAGAUAGUAGAUCCUGCUGAGAUCGAAAAAAUGGUGGAUAAAGUUCUGAUAGAAAAUCCAAAGCAGCUUCAACAAUAUCGUGGAGGAAAAACUAAGUUGCAAGGAUUCUUUGCUGGCCAAGUAAUGAAAUUAUCUAAAGGCAAGGCCAAUCCAGGACUUUUGAACAAGAUCCUUUUGGAAAAAUUAAAUGCCAAAGGCUGAUGCUUUUAGAGGCCAGAAUUUUGAGAAAGACAUGAUAUUGGAAAGAAGCUUCCUUUCAUUCUAGUUAUAUACAACAAGCUAAGAUUAUGGCGUUGGAUAUGUGCUGAUCUGAGCUAAGAUGAUGGUGUUGGAUUUCUGCUGACAGGGUUGAUGAAAAAGAAAUUAGAGAUGGGAAAGGUGGUAAACUUGGUGGUUAUUACACUUUACUUUUGGCUACCAUCUGUUCUGGGCCCUUUGAUAAAGAUGCGUUUUAAAUCUCCAAUUUUCAAAUCUUAUGUCAAUACAGAGUAGCAGGUAGUAUUGAAGUUUUACCCGUUGUGUUAUUGUAAUUCAUUCAAUAGAAUUAUUUUUUCUUAUAACUUUUCUGGAUAUAUAUUUUUUUCUAUUUCCUCUUCUUAAUAGUUCAAAAUAGACGGAUCACAUCUUUGUUUCUGUUAGUUAAUAUGCUCACAGAGCUGAUGCCAAUGAUAUUAUUCCGUUGUGCUA